AUGAGCAAUGAUGAGUAUAAAUUAGAUGGCUCUACUUUUCUCAAAAUGGUUCUUGUAAUUGAUCCUAUUUUUUCAAAGUUUAUGGAAGGAAAUUAUGAAAGAAUAAUGAGAUGUAAAUCAUCAAUUGACCAUAUGGUUACACUCAGUACUGCUUUUUCUCAAUUCUACAGAAAUGUUUCUAUUCCUUAUGAAGACAGAUUUCAACUUUAUAAACAUGUUACUCUUCUUAAAACUAAUCCUCAAGCACAACUUAUGUUUCAACAGCUCGAUGAAAAAACUCAAAAAUUUCUGUGUAUGUUUUUUGGUGAAAUUAAACAAAUCCAAAACUCAAUAAAACUCAAUGGCUAUAAUUGUUUCAGUGAUGAAAAUCUUCGGAAAGAAUUUGACAGGUAUCUUCUUUCCCAUUCUUCUGACUUAAUCAAAGAUUGUGACAUCAAUAAAUUAAUUGACCCUUUCUUUCUUGACCAACACCAAUUAUUAGUAUCAAAGAAAUCAGACCUUCUUACUAAAUUCCAAUCCGCAUCUCCAAAACAACUCUACAACAUCCUUAUUUUACUCAAAGAUACAAAAAUCUCAUCAUCUGAUGAAAAUGAUUUUGAAAUAGACUUUAAUACAUUAACUAAUUCAGAAUGUGAUCAAAUUUUAAAAGUAUUAACAUCUUCUAAUUGA